AUGGAGGACCUCAGCUCGCUGCGCCUCAGCCUGGGCGUGCGCAGCGUGCGCACUUUUGAGGGGCAGGGCGCGCCGCCGCCAGAGGCACCCACGGCUCUCACCCUUGGCCAAGAGAUUUACACCAAGUUUGCAGGCAAGACGCAGCCGGAGAGUCGGCAGCUGGUAGCGAUCCUCGCAGCGGUGCAGGAGGUGGUCCGGGCGCAAGGACUGGAGGUCACGCCCACCGCCAUCCUGGAGAAGCCAGAGACGCUGGCCAGCGGCGAGGUGUUGGCCGCCAUGUGCCACCUGCUGUCACUGGUGCUGGGACGCGUGCCCAACCAGAUCCUGCGUGCCAAGUUUGCGGCUGGCAGCCAAGUGCUGUGCGGCAUCCUGGAGGCCAAGCAGGGUGACGUUGCGGUGGUUAAGAACGCGGUGCCCUGCCUGGGCCAGCUGCUCGCAGCUGUCAACCAUGCUGACUGGCCCUCGGCAGUCCGGCCCUUCACCCUACUGCAGAGCCUGAGCCUGGAUGGGCGUGCCAAAGUACGGCGCACCGCGCAGUCUGCCAUCAGCGACAUCCUGGCAGGGCUGCAGUCGUCGCAUGCAGCCCUGGUACAGGCCAGUGACUCCGUCCUGAAGCUCAGCCAGCAUGUGCUGCCAGGCCCAGAAGCCGCAGCACACGCGGCAGCAUCGGCGCCCGGCAAGAAGCGGCAGCAGGCAGAGGAAGCGAUUGCGGCGGCGGUUGCCGACGCGCUACACUUGCUGGGGGCGCUGAAGCUGUGGAUUGCGCUGCUGACAGGCUCGGUCGCCGCCGCCAUCUGCGACCUGCUGCUCAAGCUGUACCAGCUACGCCAGCCGUUGCUGUCUCGCCACGCUACUGAUGUGCUGACCGUGUUGUGCGCCGCCCCGGGGGCCCAUCUGCCAGCCAAGGGUUUGUCAGAGCUGCUGGGCGCUGUGCUGGGCAGUGAGCAGCUGUGGGAGCGGCGCGACGCCGACACCACCGUCGCUGCCAUCCGCCUACUAGAAGAUGGCUUCUGCCGGCUUGCCACUGUGGAGCCAGACGCCGCCAUGGAGCGCCUUCCACGUGCCGUCCACACGCUGGUGCCACAGUUGGCCAUGGCGCAUGAGAAUGUGCGGUAUGCAGCAGGCAUGUGCCUGAAGAACAUUAUCAAUGAGUUCGUGAGUGAGGCAGCAGUGGACGCAGCACUUGCAGGCGGCAGUGGCGGCAAGCAGCCUUCGCCGCUGCAUAGUGUGCUGGCGGCACUGGAGAGCUCGCUGGGGCCACAUUAUCAGGAUGCAUGGAGUGGCUGCCUGCCAGUGUGCACGGAGAUGAUUGAGAAGUUGGGCAGCCACGGUGCACCGCUGGCUGCUGGCCUGCUGCAGCGCAUCGGCGAGCUGUGUGCUGGAGGUGACGAGGCGGCGGCUGCGGGCCACGCAGCGAUAAAUGAUGCGCUGGUGCUGGCAGCGCAGAAUGCUCUUGGUGCCGCCAUGCGUUCCCUGGGCCCCGAAACGGUGCUGGCGGCGCUGCCACUCAACCUGGCUGAGGGGUUGGCAGGCACCGCUGAGGCGCGCACCUGGUUGCUGCCGCUGCUGCGCAUGCACGUGCGUGGCGCUCGGCUGGGCUACUGGGGCAAGGUGUUGCUGCCUAUGGCGCGCGAGCUGGGUUCCAGGGCAGCGACAGCCGCCAGCAACCCAUCCAACACACGCGAGGCGCAAGUGUGCAGCGCUCUGGAGAUGCAAAUGUGGGACACGCUGCCCUCCUUCUGCAGCUGGACGCAGGACACGGCGGAUGCUUUUAGGCAGUACGCCAAGCUGCUGGCGGCGGCCUUUGAGAAGCGGCCCGAUCUGCGGGUGACCAUCUGCCAGGCGCUGCACCGGCUGUGCACACAGAACAGGGCAGUGCUGGCAGAGGCGGGGGAGCCAGUGGGCUACGCCGACCCCUUUGCCAGCAGUGAAGAAGACGUGCCAACGGGCAGCCCAGAGGAGCAGGUGCACCUGGACAUCCCGGAGGGCUACUCACCAGAGAUGGCACGCCAGAAUAUGGCGGUGCUGCAGUCGCUGGCGAAAAAUUGGAUGACGCUGCUGCUCAACGCCUUCCUGGCCACACCUACGGUGCAGUGUGCGCAGCUGGAGAGGGCCAUCAGUGCUUACGCUUGCUGCUGCGACCCCGCUACCGCUGCACAGUUCUUUCGUGCCGCGGUCACAAAGCUCAUCAAGGUGACGGAGCAGGCACAGACUGGGGAGCUGGGACAGGGCGCUGAGAAGGAGGCGUCGGUGCAGAAGAAGUGCUACAAGGUGCUGGCCUACCUGUGCGAGCAACGCUCUGACUUUUUGGAGAACCACUUCCAGGAGGUGGUCGCAGCGCUGGCUGACGCCCAGCCUGCGUCUCUCUCUGCCGCCAAGCGCAACCGCCUGCGUUGCCUCAAGGCCACGGUUGUAGCCAUGGCACUCCCAGAUGGGCCGGAGCUGGAGGCGGGCGAGAACACGGCUAGCAGGGACGAGGCCACCAAGCAGAUGGUUGCCUCCAUGGUGUCCGAGAUAAUUCUAUGCGUGAAGGAGCGCAACAAGCAAACGCGGGCCACCGCCUUUGAUCUGUUGAUCCAGAUUGCGCAUGCAAUGCAUGAGGCGGAGCCGCCUCCGGCGGGCCUCCUGGGCCACGACGAGCUGAUGGAGG